GGUUCGAGUGGCCAGUCGCGGUUUGUGUGCCAGUGUGUACACACGCACCAGCCUCCUAAAGGUUCCUAACGAGUGCACUCACGCCCGAUUCGCGCGUCUAUACGUGAUUUAAUUAACCUAAGGAUUUUCAUAGACACGAAGGUGGCGUGAGGGUACGCUUCCAAGAUGGCGGCGACCAAGUACUCGCACCCCUUCAUGCAGGGGCUGAAGUCGCUGCCCGAAGAGUACGAGGAGGAGAUACAGCAGGUCAGAGAGUGGGUGAAGAGUCAGCCGCAUUUGCCAUACAUCUCCGACGAGUACAUCGUGCUGUUCCUGCACUCCAACUACUACAAGGUCAAGGAGACCAAGGAAACCAUUGAGUACUACUUCACGCACCGCACCAACACGCCCGAUCUCUUCAGCAACCGCGACCCGCUGUCGCCUAGGAACCAACAGAUACUGGAUAUUGCCCACAUGAUCGGCCUCCCGAAUAAGACGUCCGAGGGCUACCACGUGCUGCUCUACCGGCUGUCGGACUUCGACUAUAGCAAGCUGAAUUUCGCGGACGCCGUGCGGGUUUUCUGCAUGUUCAAUGACGUAAAGCUCUCUGAGGACCGGCUCUCGGACGGGUACAUCGUCAUCUUCGACAUGAAGGGCUGCAGUCUUGGACACCUCACGAGGGUCACGUUGCCGGCGCUGCGGGCGUUCAUGGUUUACAUUCAGACCGCGCACCCGUGUCGUCUGAAAAAGAUCCACGUGGUGCAUACAGUCUCGUUCAUCAACCAGGUGAUGUGCCUGGUGAAGCCUCUCAUCCACUCCAACCUGCUCAACCUGCUUAACUUCUGCUCCGAGGGUCCCGCCGCCGUCGUCGAUAAGGAACUCCUGCCGGAAGACUACGGCGGUCCCCUUCCCCCCGUGAAAGACUUCCACGCCGAACAACGCAAGAACAUGGAGGAAACUUAUAGAGACUGGCUUAUAGAGACGGAGAUCUUUAAGGUUGAUGAGAAGAAGAGAAUCAAGAAGCCCAGUAAAGGCUUGUUCGCUAGCUUGACCAGCAGUUUCAAAAGUUUAGACAUCGACUGAUGCUGCGUACCUACGUGAUUUUAGGGUCCUGACCUCUUGUAAAUGUUAUAUUGUUUAUGGUGCUGACUUGCCUUUUCGCUCGUUUGGUCUUCCGGUACACUAUCUUCUCAAAUUAUUUACAGUAACGUUAGCAUUCAAAUGUUUUCCAGAUCUGUCAUAGCUUUUUGUCCACCUACUUAUGUUCGUCUUUAUCAACCCGUCAAGAAAAUGAUGUCAGUUACUUCACUUAUCUUCUUGCCAAACCCUGAAGGCACUGUUAUUUUUAAGAAACAAAACAGAAACUAAAUAAAUUUGUUUCUUAAUCUCCGUUAAACCAUACCAAAUGCAUGAAAACUUUAAUAGAGUUAACACCGAGUAUCUGAAUUAGUGUUAUUUGGACUAUUAUUUAUUUUCAUAAGUCCGUGACCGGAAUUGGCACCCCUCUCCGAAUUACAUAACAGGGUUUUAUCGUGUUGUUUACUAGUUAUAGGUAAGUUGCCAAAAUACGUAGGAUUUUUCCUUAUAUCGAGCUUGGACUAUUGCUACCUUACUCUUAAUAUUUAAUUAUAUUUUUAGCAAUUGUAUUAGAUCUUUUAAAUGUUGGUGUUAUGUUGUGAAAGUCUUAUUUUAUGAAAUAAUUAAAAUGUACCUACAUUCGAAGCUUUAUAAACAAUAACAUGUCGAACUGAGGUCCAUAUAAUUAAUUUUCAAACAGGUAACAAUAUAUCUGCACAUCAUUUGUUAAUUCUCUGGUAGGAUAUUGCCUUAUACUGUCUCUCAUAAGGCCCUCAUUUCAUAGGUUACUGUCUGAAUUGUGUUGCUGACACAUAUCGAUCUUAUUUUGAAUAGAUUGGUUAUUAAAUACAGGGUAUAUUAAAACAUAACAUUUUGGCGUCCUGUUUAAAAGUUACCAUAGUACCUAUUUUUAUUAAAUAUAAAUCCUAUAAUCAUUGUUGUACAUAUCAUAGUAGUGUAGAUGUAUUAUGUUAAGCUAAGUUUUAUACUACGCUUAUAUGAUAAAGAAAUGUCACUAUAUUUUAUCCAGAUGAAGGGAUUUCACGUUUUGCAAGUAAUAUCAUCAGAAUGUAUUUGAGCUUUAACCUCGUUGAUAAUUUUGUAGUCGUUUGAAAUGAAUUAUUAUUUAAUAUAACAUCAUAGUCAACUCCUAAAGUGCCUUAUACUCUACGCGGAGUUUAUGAAAUCAAAAACGUUAUUUAAAAAUCACUUGGUUCCUAAACAUUGCGUAGGCACUUAUUCUUAUAAAGGUAACCUGUUUAAGUUAUUAUAUUCAAAUGUUGCCAAUUAUAAAGUUUAAUGUUUUAAGAAAUUUUAAGUUUUUAGAAAAAAUAUACCUAUCAACGUUAUUGAACAAACCAAAUUAUCGUUAAAUACAACAUGUAUUUGUAAAUAAAUUAAUAGUCUAUAAA